CCCUAUAUAAAAGGCGAUAUCGAAAACGUGGCGGCCCUGGCGUGUUUCCUGCCCCAGCACUCGCUUCUGGCGCAUGCAGCCAGCAAAAGCAUAGCCUUUGAGAUCUGUUUCUGCGACUCAAUCAGAGCCGUCGGUAAGCCGUGGAUUUGGGCACCAUCGACUCGUAUUUACUAUUUGCAACUUUCACGGCCUAUGGGUGGGGCAGCUGUACAUCUAUCAUAGACGCGUGCGUCUAGCACAGCUGUGCAUUUGUCAUAGCUGUAGAUAUAUCAAAUAUGCACUACAGGACUAGGUAUGUCUGCUGCCAAUAAAGUCGCAGUUUCGCCCGAAAGGGCGAAGUAUCGAUAGCGAUAGCAAAUAAGUAGACUAGCUAUACGAAGUAAGAAGGAUAUUAGUUUUUAUCGGCCGUAUAAAUUUGUAAACAUUCGCUUACUAACUAAAUUAUGAAGCAAAUGUCAAGCGCGCACUAGCAAACAUGAACACAUCUCACUCUAUGACCGCGGGAACUCGCUGUCAAAACGCUGGAGAUCAUCAGAUCAUCAACAUCAUCAAGAUCACUUAGUAGCAGCAAAACCGCUAAUGCAUCAGCUGUGUUGAUGCUGACUGGUGUUUUCGAUCUCUCGCUAGCUCGGCCGCGUGCGCGCGUGCCCACGCCCUGAUCUGCACGGGGCUCCAGCUACCAGCCAGCCAGCCUUCGCUUCGCCCGUCUCGACGAACCACUAUCGUCCAACGCAGUCAUGAGCGACGAGCCAGCAAAGACCGAUUCGAAGGUGUCCCACGCCGUUGAGGAAACCAAGAGCGUCAACCGUGCCACAACGGAACCGUCAAGCGAGCAUGGCGCCACAGAACCUAGCGCCGAGCGUACCGCGAAGACAGCGUCCAGGGUAUCGCACGGCGACGAGACGACGACCGGCGCAGGGCAUCACGCGGUGGAGGCGGACGCCGAGAUAAGUGCCGAGCGCGCUGCCAAGAAGUCGAGCGCCGAGCUCACGGGGUCCGAGACCCGCCCCAAGCACGCCGGAAGAAAGCCGAGCGCCGACGGCUCGGGCUCGAAGAUGGGCGCCACGCGCGCCCGCAAGAAGUUGAGCGCCGGGAGUGCUGCAUCGGAAAUGAGAGACAAGCGCGCUGGCGGGAAGCCGAGCGCCGAGCGCCCUGGAACGGAACCGUCCGCCGAGCGUGCCGCAACCGAGACCACCGCCAGGCCAGCUGCGGAGGAGCCCAAAGCCGAGACCGCGGCACCUAGGCGCGAGUCCAAGGCGGGCGAGAGCCCCAACGUCGGCGCCGGGGCCGCGCCGCAGCUGCCUGCAUCGUCCGACGGCGACGUUCCCGGGCGCAGAGGCAAGUUCAUCGAGGUCGCCGCGUUCGCGACCGUGGUCGCCAUCGUCAUCAUGAUCGGCAUCGCCAUGUUCAACUCCGCGCAUGGCCGCGUUCUCAAGGGAGCACGACAGCGCGCCGACGACGACCCACUGCAGACGGCCAUUUACCGGCGCGGCCGCUCGUGGCACGGGUACGGACCGCAGCUCCUGGUUUGCACGCUCGGGGAACGUCGCCGUCUCGGUUCGCCGGAGUCGCUGCCGCCGGACGGCCUGUGCGACCUGGUCCUGUACGCGCACGUCCGGUCACUCGGCGCCGACUUCGACGACGGGGCGUCGGCUAACCUCCGAGCUCUGUGGACCCGCGCGAGCACGGCCGUCAAAACAAGGACGGCGUGGCGGCAAUCGACACGGCGCUGCACUUCCGGCAGCACAAUCUCACCACCGACAUCUGCGUCUCGAUCACGCUCAGCGGCCACCGGUUCUCAAUGACAGACGCCGCCUCCGAGGGCAAGGAGCUGGACGCCACCUGCGUGAGCGCUUGGGCCGUCGAGUACGGCGACGUCUGUGCCAUGGGCACGAGCAGCGUCGUCAGUGACGGCUACAACGUCACGCCCAGCGACGUCGCCGAACCGACUGUAAAGUUCGCCGGCGAAGGCGUGCUGGUCAAUCGCAAGGAGGCCAAGUUGUUGGACGCGUUCGACGACGUCGGGACCCUGGCCGAGAAGCUGCGCACGGCCAAGCUGGCGCUGUCGCUGUCUGCGCAACCGCACUGGUCCUUCUGCCUGGCCGCCUUCAACGUGGAGCACGAGGACAGCGAGGGGGCGUGCGGGAACAACUUCGAGAGGCUAACCGUCGCCAGAAGCUUUCUGCACGGCGAGCUCCGGUGGCACGAUGACUGACCGCCGUCUCUUCUCCCCCGACGGAUAUUAUUAAAAACGACAUUCGAAAACGUAUUUUGCCUCGGAAUGUGAGAGAGGCACGUCAUUUUAUCCGAUUUGUAUAGGAAAUAUUUGCACAGUGGUUUGUAAUAACGGAAGAC